GAAAACCCAAUGAGAAUAUGUUUCAUUAUUUUUUAUUAUCAGAAGUAUGCAUUAACCACUAUGACUCAUUAGUUUUAUCAAUAAACCGAAAUCACUCUGUUUAUCAUUAUGUUAAGCUUUGUUUUCAAUGAAUAUUACAGAUAAAUUGUAUUCACAUUGUAAGUUUAAUGUGUUACACUUGUGUGAUUGUAUUUGAUAUCAAAAUAAAAUACAUUAUAAAUUUAAACGCCUGUAAAUUAAAAACAAGCCACCUAAUUAUACAAGCUUAUCAUUAAGUGGGACCUUAAAUUAACUUCCAAAUCAAUUAAUGAGCCCAAUCACACAUGGCCAUUCUGGAGAAAAAUAAAUAUUUAAUAAGAACUGAAUACAGUUUUUUUUGUGUGAGAUUUGUAAUAGAAACAAACAAAUGGGCAGAACUGAUUAUAAUUCAAAUGCACAUAAAAAGCACAUGCUAUUUGUGAGAUUGUACAGGAAGCACACAUACAAUAAAAGAACAAAUACACCAUAUCUACAUCAUACCUCUGAAUACAAAAUAGAGUUCACAAAGAGAUUUCAUUUCCAUUGGGAGUUGUGGUCUGAUACUUUGGUAGAGUCAGGGUUACUUAAUACUAAACAAAUAGGUGACCACAGCAUAUAAAAUAAUAUCUACUUUCACAGGUGUAAAAUGGCGGAAGUAGGAUUCCCAGGUCAGCACACAACCACAACGACGGUCACUACCAAUACCACUGUCCAGACCAACAUAAGAUUUGACAUGUCAUAUCUUACAACACUGCCGGGAAUUUUGAAGGCUGUUCAAGUUGGUGCCAGUCUCCUUGGUUUCAUAUGUAUUCAAUUCUCAAAUUUGAAAACGUUAUCAAAAGGCUCAUAUUUCGGCUGGAUAUCGAUGAUAGCGUUCUGGUUCACGGGCAUCCUCCUCGGACUGUAUCUGUUCCACAUCGUCGAGAAGUUCUACAAGAUCCCCUGGCUGAAGAUGGAGUUUCUGUUCUGUGCCUUAUGGACGCUGCUGUAUUUGAUCGCGUCAAUAUUGGCGACUACGGUCUACGAUAAUCCACAUUCUGCCGCCGCUUUCUUCGGUUUCGUCGCGACCGUAGCGUACGGACUGGACGCGUUCCUGAAGUGGCGCGGCGUGCGCGGCGGCGGCCUGGCGCAGGGCACGCGCGUCGUCUCCAAGCAGACCACCUCCGUGGAGGCGCCGCCGCCCCGGGAGGCCUACUAGUCCACUUGCUUUACAUAUCCCAGAAAUUUAUGAAAAUAACCUUAAGUUCAACAGUAUGUAUUCACUAUUUGAAACUGCACACUCACAUAUCGUAAGCUUUCGAAUGUUAUGUACUUAAAGCUCGCAGUAAGUUACUGUUAGGGCAUGUAAGACUUAGUCACAAGUUUAUCACAAUCUAAUUGUCGAGUUUUAAAUUAUUUUAAUUAUUCACUUUGACAUUUGAACCCAUCAAAAUGUUAUCGGUCGCAGCGCUUGCGGCAGAUACCGACGCGCGACGGGAGGAUCGUAUUACGUGUAGUUACGCAUUCGCGCGUUGAAGUCUGACGGGUGCAGCCAAAAUACAAUACUGUUGAGACAUCUGCUGUUGAAAGCUUAACGUGACGCAUAUAUACCAUUAGUCAUUCGAAAACAGAGCAAACUACUUAAUAGGGGUGGGGGGCUGACCCGCCGGGGGGCAGGGGGCGGGGGGCGGUGGCAGCCGGCGCCGGCCCUGCUUGUUGCGACCUCAUGCAUUUCGUAAACUAGGAUUUGUAUAAAGUUGUCUCGAGCGUCGUACAUGACGAACCCACGCGGACCGACACAUGCAACAAACUAACUUUAUCUAUCUAUCAUUCUAACGGACCCAUCGAAAUUAAAUUUAUACUCUCUACUGUACUAUUUAUAAUUCCACUACACUACACACAAAUCAAACGUUUGUUUGUUUUUGUUACAUUUUUAUUGAAUUUUAAACAUAAUAUACUGUGGUUUUGACAUACUAAAACAUGAUUCUAACAACGAAUUUCGCUUUAACUGUAUCGUCACGAACAUUUUGUCUCUGUCGCUCGUCGCUCUCGGCACGAGAGAGAGAGAAACAGCUGAAUGUACGUUUGUUUGUUUGAGCGUUAUUUUUAAGUAAGGUCAACAAAACAACUCUGUGUACCUGCGGUUUUAUAUUAACAUGUUUCGCUUAGUUUUUAAGAAUAUUAUUUUUGUUACUUCAUAAUGUCUUCAUAGUGAGUUAAGCGUACGUGUUAAACUUUAAAUGAAUAGUGAAGUAAGUUUUAAAAUAAACAUGGCCUUAUUAGAUAAUACACUUUGUCUGCGGUGCUGUUGUCCAUUGUAUUAUUACUCGUUCGAGAUUUGGAGCGAGGUCAGUCAGUAUUUUUUAUAUUUUAUGGUUUAAAAGCAGGCUCGCCGUACCGUUUGUUGAUAAAUAAAAUCGCGUACCCUAAUUAAAUACCGUAGAUUGGCGGGAAUCAGGACUUUUUCCAAAUCCAACACAAAUUUUCAAUGGUUUUUCUUACCAAUAAAAUUGAAAUUAAAAUGGUUCCGGGGGCAUAAAUUUUUAUAUACGAUGC